GUAUCGACUUAAUUUCAACAGUACUGAAGAUGCUUUUAGAAAAAGCAUUUUCGCCGCCAGCUAUGCUCGUAUGAUUGAUAGCCAGAACGCAAGUAUCACGAAUUUGCUGUAUCAAAUAGGGCUGACUGAGUUUGCCACGAUGACUGACGAAGAAUUCGCAGACUUGGUGGAAUGCAACGACCAUAUCUCACCCAAGGUCGCAAGGAUCAUCGGCCCUAACUCUGAAGAGGGUAUCCGUCUCAAGAAAAAGUUGAGAGUCCUGGCGCCACCAAAAAGCGUAGAUUGGCGAGCUGCUGGUGCGGUCACUCCUGUUCGUAAACAAGCUGGCUGUGGUUGCUGUUAUGCUAUGGCUACAACGGAGGCUACUGAGGGUAUCUUCCAGAUCAAGACGAACAAGCUUAUCCAGUUGUCUGUUCAACAAAUCGUCGACUGCAGCGCAUCUUUCGGCAAUGAGGGUUGCAAAGGUGGCUUCCAGGUUAACAGUUACCAUUACAUUGAAGAGAGAGGAAUCGUGUCAGAAUCCGCCUACCCUUACGUCGCGGCAGCUGGUACAUGCAAGACCACUAUAACCAGGGAUGUACACAAGCAAUGCUUGGCACCUGGGGAUUUGAUUGGUUGGUGGCCGAUCAAGGAAGGAGAUCUCGAGGAGCUGUUGGAGGGUGUAGCUCAGCAGCCAGUGUCCGCAAUUCUCAACGCUUUCCCCGCGGACUUUAAGCAAUAUAAAGGAGGGAUCUACAAAUGUGAGGCCUCGACUGCACAGUGA